GAGCAGCUGGACAAUUUCCACAAUUUGCAAUGUUUCAACAACCCAUUGUACAGGAUAUGGCCAUGCAGUAUGGUCAACGUUUGGCCGAUCAGGGUAAACAAUUGGUCGAGAAUCAAUUUACAAAAUGGGUACCCGUAGCCAAGUUGAAAUACUAUUUCUCAGUGGAUAAUAAUUAUGUGAUUAAUAAAUUGAGGUUGUUAUUCUUUCCAUUUACACAUAAGGAUUGGUCUCUCAAAUAUGAUCAAGAACAACCCGUACAACCUCGUUAUGAUAUCAAUGCUCCCGACUUGUAUAUACCGACAAUGGCUUUUAUAACAUUUGUUGUUGUGGCCGGUCUUAUGUUGGGUCUACAGAAACGUUUCUCACCCGAGGCCCUUAGUAUACAGGCAUCCAGUGCAUUGGCCUAUUGUAUUUUUGAACUGGUCGUAUAUACAAUCACGCUAUAUGUGGUCAACAUUAAAACGAAUUUGAAGACAUUGGAUCUAAUGGCAUUUGCGGGUUAUAAAUUUGUCACAAUUACUGCAUGUCUAUUGGUGAGCACAAUGUUCCAUGGUUUCGGCUAUUAUUUGGCAUUGGCAUAUUGCAGUUUAUCGUUGGGAUUCUUUUUGUUACGAACUUUGAAAACCAAAGUUCUGCAUGAAACCUCACCAACUGCUGCCACCGGUGCCAUCAACUAUGAUCCCUAUGGUAAUCCCCAACAGUUGGAUUACACUGGCGGUCGAAAACGAAAACUAUAUUUCCUUUUCCUGGUUGUUGGCGGACAGGCCUUUUUAUCAUUUUUAUUAUCGAAACAUUUAUAUUUCCCCGAUGCGGCCACCUUAGAAGCUAGAAAUUUACAAUUUUAAGUAAAUACUCGAC